GGUUACCAUGCACGUGUUGUGUUUGAUAAUCUGCAACGGCAACAGGUCGCUGUCGGUAUAAUAUUUUUGAUUUACAUUUGCUUUUUAGUAGUAGACGAACCGUCGUGCGGUUCAAAUACGAUUACACGGCGUUGGUUCGGCCGUAUUUUAAAACACCAACAAUAUUGUUAUACACCGCGUUUAGUUUGUUUUUUUUAUUUAUAUUUUAUAUUAUGCACAGCAGUCGGACCGCCGUUUAGGUAGGUAGGUAGGUCGUGUGCCGUUGCAAUAAUUUACAAAUGCUAUUGUUCGACAACGCGUUGUGUAAUAUCAUUCGUUAUUAUUUUUUGGCUUAUGUAGAUAAAAAAAUUAAAAGAAAAAAAAAACUCUAACAGCAGCAUAACAAAAAAAAAAAGACAAUGAACCGACGCUUGGCCGCCGCCACGUUCGGCUGGGGUCGGCGACGACAGCCGAACACUGCCGACGAAACCAGAUCGGCCGGUUUCCAUCAUCAGCCAAAGACGACCGGCUCCGACCGCCGCGUUCCUCUGGUGGUGGUCACGGGCUGCGACACGGGCCUAGGUUAUUCCCUGGUGGUCAGGUAUUACUGUGGUGCCAGUACAGCGGUAGGAUCGGAUGCGGUGCCUGGCAAAAUAGCCGUCGUCGCCCUUUGCCUGGAAGGAGCCGAACGCCUGGUCGACCGACUGCAUCGACUGUCCGACGAAGGCAGCAGUGGCGGAUGUUAUGGCACUGGCGAUGGAAGUUACAGUAGUAACAGUAAGUGUGAUCUGUACGCGUGGUCAAUGGAUUUGCGCGAUCCUCAAAGUGUUCGUGAGACUGCAAACCGCAUACAGGACCUGGUUGAGACUCAGAACUACAAAUUACACGCGGUGGUAAAUAAUGCGGCUCGCAUGCUGAUGGCCGAGUACGAGUGGCAAACGACAAGACUUAUCACAGAACAGUUUCGUGUAAACGUUCUAGGCCCAAUGGAAUUAACGUCAUCGCUCUUACCUAAAGUGCGUUGUGACCGAGGACGGAUUAUUAAUGUACUGAGUCAUUGCGCUUAUGUACCAUUGCCGGGCAUAGCCGUUUAUGGGGCUACAAAAGCAGCAGUGCAAGCGUGGACUUGCGGAUCUCGAGCAGAAAACGGUGGCGUCAGUUGGAUUUCGUUUUACCCAGGAUCGUUUUACACGCAUUCAUCGAUUAUGGGCGGCGGAGGCAGACGUGACGGUUACUACGAUGAAAUGUCGGAGGCGUUAACCGACGAACAAAGGGAGCACUACGGUCAGUAUAUGCGUGCUUACAAGGAGUACUUGGACAUGGUGGACGUGGCAGUGCCAUCUCAAGACGAACCUGUCCCCAACAUUGACUUGUACAGAUUUAUGGACCAUGCGCUGUGGUCGACCCGGCCUAAAGCCGAAUACAGGGUGCCGGAACCGUGGCGUUACCGUAUAUACUCAACAUUAGCGCAUGUGUGUUCCGCGUUAGGACUUCACGGUUGGAGAGACCAACUGAUCAGACGGUUCGUCUGUACGCCUACGUUCGUUAGCAACAGGAACAAAUCAGCAUAGGCUACAUUGGUGAUGGGAAUAAUCCGGACUGGCGAGAAUUCAAGAAUCCAAAUUUACCGAUUUUGAAAGUAUUAUUUUAUACAAGGGGGUCGCAAUAGCCAAUAAGUGAUCUUAAAAUGAAGUAAGCGAAUAAGCGAGUUCCAGUGUGACUAGACGACGAAAUAACCUUUUUUAUUGUACAUAUUUCUAAUUAUUUGUUUCAUUACAGCAACCAAAUGAUACAACACAUAUUGCUUUUCAGAUGUAAUAUUACACACUGUCAUAUAGUCAUAUGCAAUUCGAAUUUAUCCAAUGAUCUAUAUAGAUGGUAACUAUUUUACUGUACAGUUUUUAACAACUUAAUAAAAGUAUUUAUUUUUGUUUAAAGUGGUCACACUGUCGCUCGGCUUCUUGACUACUUCAUUUCUGCUGACAUUGUAUUAUGAUAUAACAACUUUAUACAUUUUUACUCUUACUAUCAUUUUAUAAAAAGAAACUAUACUUACAUUCGUUUAUGCAUUUCUCGUGAUACGAAUCACAAACUAAUUAUAAGUUAUAACUGUACAUUUAUCUGAAAAAAACAAACACAAUAAAAGAAAAAAUCUAAACCAGGGCCAGCGCAAGACAUAGACAACAUGGGUAUAUUGCCUUGGGCGGCAUUUUCCAAAGGGAGCAAUUAAUUUAAACAAUUUUUUUUAAUAACUAAUUAUUUCAGAUAAAAAUUUGAAAAUGCAGCAAAAUUGAAGUGGCCUAAGUUGAAAUACUGUCUAUUGCCGACUCUGGUCGAAACCAUAAAGAUAUAUUAUUUUAAUUAUGAACUUAAUUUAUACAUAAUAAUAUCAAUUAUUUGAUAUGAAAUAAUUACCAACUAUUAUAAAUAUCAAAAUGGAUUAAGUAUGAAUUUUUGAAAAAUAAAAAUAUCUUUAUAAUUUAUACUGUACAUAAUAUGUGUAUAACAUAUUGUAUAACUAAC